AUGGUAAAAGGGUAUGCGUUUGUGCUUGCAUUGGGCUUAGCCCUUGAACUAAUAAUGACCAUACUCUUCCCUUCGUUUUCCGGCUUCCUUGACUCGGCAGUGGAGUUCUCGACCCCAGUGACCAGUUGGAGAAGUAUCGAGGAAGGGAUCUUUCUCUUAAAACACAAUAUCGAUCCAUACGAUGGCGGGGUGGUUUAUCAUCCCCCUGUACUUAUCAAACUUUUUUCACAAGUCAAAGACCUCUUCGGCACCAACACCACGUCUUGGAGAAUUGCCAGUGGGCUUAUAUUUCAAAUCGCCGAUAUUCUAACCAGUAUUGAAUUGAUCCAGAUCAGCAAGAAGUUCCUACGCGAAUACAAGAACCCUAAACAAGGUACAUACACUGUACUCAUUGCCAUUUUCUAUACCUUCAAUCCAAUCAAGAUCUUAUCGGUUUUGUCUAACUCUUCCAUAAUUUUUUCAAAUCUUUUUAUUGCCUCAACUUUGUAUUCGAUGGUGGUGCUAGAGAAUGUGGCAUUGGCGGCGGCCUCUUUGGCCAUGGGUACGUAUCUCUCUUACAAUCCUUGCUUUCUCCUAUUCCCUUUUAUCGGUAUGGUCAUAAACUUGAAAAACCACUUAUCUCCGUGCUCCUCGAUCAUAAAAUCAAUACUGGUAGCGCUAAUACCGUUCAUCGCUACUUUCACAGGUCUUUUAUAUUGUAGCUAUAUCAUUAACAAUAAUAAUUGGAAUUUCCUUAUGGCAACUUAUGGUACAAACAUUUUUUUCACAAAAAUCAAUCCAAAUUUGGGUUUGUGGUGGUACUUCUUUAUCGAAAUAUUUGAAUUUUUCUCCAAAUUCUUCAUUGGGGUUUUCAACAUUUACAAUCUUGUUUACAUCUUGCCUCUCACCAUCAGGUUCCAAAAUUCCAAGUUUUCCAAUUUACAGAUCAAUAACAAGUAUCUCAUAUUCCCCUUUGUGUUAUCAUACGGUUUUGUGGUGUUAACUAAGGCGUAUCCUACACUCAAUGAUCUUGGAUUCAUUUGCCAGUUACUUUUGCUUUUAGUUUUUCAGAAUGAUUUGAAGAUUCUCAAGUUCUUGAGAUACCCAAUUGUAUCAAUCCUUUUAGUAAUCCACGCUGUUAUCUUGAGCCCUAUAUUCUAUUAUUUAUGGAUCUUUAGCGGUAGUGGCAACUCAAACUUCUUUUAUGCAAUCAACUUGGUAUAUUCUCUAGGAUUAGGAUUUAUGUUGAUCGACUUUAUUUGGAGUUAUCUAUCUUUGGAGUACUUGUUUGAGAAGAAUAAUGGGAAAGAAGUUGAUUAUGAUGCCAAAUUAAGAUUGACACAAAUAUGA